GAGAGAUGUUCUGGAUUGAGUGGAAUCAAAGCUCUCACGUGGGGCUGACAAAGUGUUUGACGAGGAUGAUAAAGACGGUGAUCGCCACACCAGACCCUGUCAGAUUCUGCCACAGCGCUGCUAUGCUGUUUCUACCUCAUACGUGAUGCCCGCAUCUCCUCGAUAACUUUGCGUUCAGCUUAUGCUGGUUGUUUCCUAUAAUGCUCGUGGCGCAACACUUUCCUUGCUUAGCGCGUUUGCCUUACCGAUGGAUCCAAUGCGAUCCUGCGCUCGUGCGUAUCGCGUGUUAGGGUCGGACGCGAGAUGUCGUCUGACGAUGUCAUAUACGACCCUGCUGAUCGCGGGGAAGCGUGCCGUAGGAAUAUCGGCGCCGAUAUCGUCAUGCUGGCAGUCACUUCCCCAAUCGCUUGAAAUGGCUGCAUCUGCUCCAGCAAGGGUUGGCACACCUUUUUGAGACAGCAUGCAUGCAGAUUGUAAUCUUGAUAGCGGUGGCAAGCGCCACUGCAGGCACGUCCGGCA